AUGCAUAGUAGACAAAGUUCAUUGAAUGUUCGAAUGGCAUUUAUAAUAUUAUUGUUUUCUAUGUUAGUGGCAAUCUCGGAUUCAUUUUUGUUUGGAAAUCGAAAUUAUAUUCGAUUUCGUCGUCCAGAAGAUGUUUGGGAGCCACCUUUCCGUACUAUUCUGUGUGAUAACAACUUCCCAAUACGUAUACAAAUAAAUGCUGAUCCUGAAGAGACUUGCCGAAAUUUUAUGAAUCAAAUGGAAAAAGCUAUCACCUAUAAUCAGUGA